AGUGUAAGGAUAUUCAUGCAUAUAUUUAAACAAUUCGUAAGGCAAGCGAGGUAUAUUUGCAUAGGUGAACAUUUAACGGACUGACUCGACAGUGUUGAGUGCAAUUUGGUUCAGGCUCUCAAAGAAAUAGGAAAGCUUUAGUUCCUGAGUAAUGUUAAGGGCUUUGAGAGUUUUUUAUGCGAAGAACUUAACCUAUCUUUAUUUGCGGUACAUUUAACAUAGCUUUUUGUGAUAACGACACAAUUUUUUUCACUUGGAAUUUAACACAAAAUUCUUUAAUGACUAAUGGCAGUUGUACAGCAGUACGCUUGCUAGAAAUAAUUAGAAUGACUAUCUUGUCCUUGUGAAAUGAAAAAGAAGCUUUUAGAAUGUUAUUUCCUUUUUUUUUAUAAAAAACAGUUGUAAGUAAUGCCGAAAAUUAAGGAAAAUUUAAUGUAAUUUUUAUAUCUAUGCCAUUAAUUGAUAGUAAUUCUGCGAUAGCCUUUUCUUCCGUAUUACAUCUUUAAUGUCCGUAAUGCGAAAUUACUUUUAUUUGGAAAUUACUAUUCAAUAUUGAAUUUGUAUAUAAACUUUAUCUUAACUUGUAGAAGUCUUCAUUCCGUAGGAAUUCUUACUUAGACAGACAUUGUAAUAUUAACGUGUUUGUCCAAGCACUCAUACUUGACCGAUUUGUUAGUAAUUUUCGCAGAUUUAAACAUUCAAGGUUCUUAAACUGCGUUAUAACUGGAUGAAAUAAUUUUAUAUACUAAAUGGGCAAGUUUUAAUAACAGUUCUUUCAAGAUGAAAGGGAUUUCUACGUUGACAAAUAUUUAAAACAAACUUGAGGUUUGAUUUUGACCUUAAACUCGUGUAUUUUGAAAUCGACAAUCGUCUUGUAGUCGCCUAGUCGCCUCGAUUCAAUACAUGCAAGCGGACGGUUUUGAGUUAAUGCAAAUUUGAAAAGCGCGAAAGUUUAAAGUGAUUGUUAAUAUUGUGGCUUAAAAAUUUAACAAUGGAUUUACUAAUUUUAAAACUAUUGACCAAAGAAUUUUUACUUUUAAUAACUACAUUAUCAAUUUUACUUUAUGUUUGGUUCCAAUAUCAAUAUACGUAUUGGACGAGGAAAGGUGUGUUAGGACCUAAGCCAGUGGCGCCUUUCGGUAAUGUGAGGGAUGUGAUCGCUCGUAAAGCGCAAUUUUUCCAGCCGUAUUGUGAUAAUUAUUUUAAAUAUAAACAUUUGCCAUAUAUUGGAAUGUACUGUUUUCAUCGUCCAGUGUUGUGUGUGAUAGACCCAGAUGUAAUAAAGCACGUCUUGAUAAAGGACUUCGAUCAUUUUCAAUCUCACGGGAUUUUCUCGGGCGGCGUCGGCGAUCCGAUCGCCGGUCACCUGUUCAACCUACAUGGAAAUACUUGGAAGAAUUUACGAGUUAAAAUGUCGCCGUCAUUUUCAACAAGCAAAUUCAAAACAAUGUAUCCGUUAGUUGAAAAUAUUGCGAACGACGCGUUGGCUUACGCGGAUGCUUACUAUGACAGUGGGAAAUCUUUAAAUUUCUCUAAGUUCUACGAGACUUAUACGAUGGAAAUUAUUGGUAGCGUUGGCUUUGGCGUUGAGUGCAAUGGCUUCAAGAAUCCGAAUUCUGAGUUUUAUGUACGAGGACAUGAAUAUUUCAAUCCGCAAACUUUGUAUUGGACGUUAGUUCGUGCUCUGGCAUUUUUUGCACCGGACCUAUUCAAUAAAUUGAAAAUCAGACGGAUCCAUCCUGACAUAGUCAACUUCUUCUACAAUUUAGUCACGCAAACAGUCAAGUACCGUCAAAAGAAUAACUUUAAAAGGAACGAUUUCUUACAAACACUAAUAGAGUUGAAAAAUGAUGACUCUAUUGAUGAUACAGGUGAGAGUAAAAUACAACGAGGUAUUUUCUCAAUGACGGAUGUCGCGGCCAAUACGAUGCUUUACAUGUUUGCCGGAUACGAGACAUCAGCGACAGCUGGCCAACUAGCAGCCUACGAGCUGGCACUCAACCCCCACGUGCAGGAAAAAGCCAGGGAGGAGGUGACGCGAGUUCUGGCCAAAUACAAUGGACAGUGCACGUAUGAUGCCCAGAAUGAAAUGACUUAUAUGAACAUGGUGAUAGAUGAAUCAAUGAGGAAAUAUCCACCAAUGCGAUCGCUAUUUCGAAGAUGCACAAAAGAGUACAGACUGCCCAAUAGUGAUGUUGUCAUUGAAGAAGGGACUUUGGUAUUCAUUCCUGUCCAGGCGAUACAAAUGGAUCCCGAUAUAUUCCCAGAUCCGGAAAAAUUUGAUCCGGAAAGAUUUUCUCCGGAGAUGAAAGCAAAAAUGCACCCCUGCCACUGGAUGCCUUUCGGUGAAGGUCCCCGAAAAUGUCUAGGUCUGCGUCAAGGGUACGUGGAGUCGAAGCUCGCGCUCGUGAAGUUAUUGCACAAGUACGAGUUGAUAUUGGACGAGAGGACGCCUGUGCCGAUGAAGAUCAAGGCCUCUGCGCUCGCCUGCGUGCCCGACGGUGGAGUUUGGAUUAAGCUUAGGAAAUUGGAAGCGUAAGCAAUAGAUUUACGUAAUUGUAUAGCAAAUAUUUAAUCAAAUGUUUGGUAGAUAGGUCUAAAACCUUGGACAUAUAGAUUGCAGCCGAACAAGAAAUUCUUCUCAUGUUGAGAUAUUUGGUUUAUGUUUUAGAAAACCCGCUCUGUGUAAUAAAUUAAAUUCAUAUUAUAAUAAGAUUUUAAAUGAAACUAAGUAAAUCUAUCACCAAUAAGAUCUGAAAAGUGUAUUUGACUACUUAUUAAAGUCAUAUUUAGCAUAAAACUGUACAGCGCUAGCCUUAACGUAUUUAAUGGCCGGAUAUCUGGUCUGUUUAAUUGAACAUAGGAAAAUAAAGAAGUGUUUUACGAAAAAAUUCUCGAUUCUAGAUUCUUAAUUAUAUUAUCUAGUGUUGAUUCUAGGAGUUUAGAGAUAUAAUAAGAGCGAUAUCCCUUUUAGGUUACAUGUUUAAAAGGUGUUAUAAUAAGGAAUUAAAUAAUUGUGAUAUUUUUGUUGUAAUCGGCCCUAAGGGAAUAUUGUAAAUAUAGACUUUUAUACUUA